GCUGAUAUUGAGGAAAGCGAUAACUAUAUUAUAUAAAAUUAUCCAUAAAUUGAAAUAUGUCUCAAAUUUAGAAUGUUUAUCUUUUGAGGUGGCAGAAUUUGAAAAAUGAGUUAUUGGAUAUUAUCAUACUGAAACUAUCUCAAAUAAGGAUAUUGACAUAAAAUUAGUAUUAAAAUGUGCAGGCUAUAUUCUGAACCAAGAAGUAUCAUAAGUAUUGAUAUUUUACUUAGAUUUAUAAGGAUUCAUGUUACUUCUAAAAAUUAGAUUUGCUGAUUAGUUAAGGAAUGACUAUUUAAUUAAGUUAUUAAUAAAUAUAAUGAAUCGACAAUUCUAGCAGAACUGUCCUUUUAGAUAGCCAUACGCGGGACAGUGCGAUUUCAUAACAAAGUCUGAUAAUACUUUGGAUAAAGGGAAAGUUAAGCUAAUUUAACAAUCACCUUCAUUUGCAGAUUAUGUGAAUGGCUUGAAGGAGAGAGGAAAAAAAAAGAAUCAUAGACAUAAUACUGAAACGAUAAGAUGUCCUAUUCUUCCUAAGAUUGAGGCUGUCAUUCCAGAUCUCUAGACAAUGAAAUCACAUUUCGUUUUAAGUCUAAACAAGAGCACUACUAUUUCAUAACAUUCGUAAAGCUAUAUAUUAAAUUCCAAUCCAAAUACCCCUAGAUCCAAAAUUGGAAUUCCUAAUUCGAUUACUCGAAGAUCUUUGCCACCUUAAAAGUAAGUAAAACUAUCUCCAAUUACCCCCAAAAGUUCCUUUUGCGUUAAAUCGAACUUUGAGGAAGACGAUGGAAUCUUUCUAACUAAAAUAGGUGGCGAGGAGGUCAUUAAGGAAAUAGCAAUAUUAUUUCAUCAACACUCUCAAAUUCAUCCCGUAAUUCAGAGUAAUCUAUUUGUAUAUAAAUGAGAAAUCGAUGAUCCCUCAAUGUAUGAAUCGAAAUUCGGAACAUUUCUUGAGUAUAUCAUGGGAAAACCAGUAUUUUUUAACAUUGAAGCUCUCAAAUAAAAGCACAUUCCCCUAAAAAUAGAUCAUGCAUUAUACAAUCAAUUUAAGAGCUACUUAAUUGUAAAUAAUCAAUUAUAAUAAGGAAGAGUAGUUUUAUUCAGAGUAAUAAAGGUCCUCCUGAAUUGAUAUUCGAAUUCAGUGCACUCAUAGAAUAAUAUAAAUACUGUAUUAUAACAUCAGAGCAGACCUUUGCUUAAAUUUAUAAUCAAAGAACUGAGAAUAACAAAGAUGAAACCCCUAAAAGUAUUGUUCAUUUAGCAGAUCUUACUUAUCAAAAAAUAUUAGAUGACCAAACCCUUUGUGAAUAUUUUGUAGGCAUUUAAAUGGAUGAAUAAGCUAAGAAGCUAGGGAGUAUUUUGCAUUAAAUGAUGGGUUGGAAUAGUGGUGUUGAUUACGUGUUGAAUUAUUUAAGAAAAUCCCAUUAGAAGAUGAAUCUAACAAAUGUCCAUUUCACCUUGUUCAAAUAAUAUCUAGUGGAGGCCAUGAAAGAACUUGGACUGAAAGAAAGCUAAAUAGAAUUGAUAACCAAAAGGAUGGAUGGUUAUAGAAGUUGCAUAGUAAAUCAGGAUUGCUUAUUGGACUUUUAUUUCUAAUCCCCAACUCUCUUUAAGGUUUAAGUGAAGAAAUACGAAGUGUUGAUAUAGAGAGAUCCCAGGUUUCGAAAUUUUCCGAAUGUGCCCACUCUUUUAAGACAUGCUCAUUUUCUUUUAAAAUACAUCACUCAUCAACAUCAACCACUUCUAACAAAUACUGAUCUGAGAACUCUGCACAAGGGUUGUGGGAUUCAAAGUGAAUGGAUGGAUGGGUUCAGAGAUAACUUUUUUUUAUUAAUUAAAAACUAUAAUUUAGACAGACUUAUCUUGCAGGAUUAUGCUGAUUUGUGGUUUUAAUUAAGGUUCAUCGUUAUGAAUCAGCGUAGUAUAGAAAGCAUAGUUGGACCGUAAGGGUUGGAUCAAGUGCAAUUCAAAGUAUAGAUCAACCUGCAGGACAACGAGAUUUAUAGUGAUCAUUUUAGGAAUGCGGAUUAUCAGCUAAAAUCUCAUGUGAAGAAGAUUGUUGGGUUUAUUUUUAGGAAUUCUUCAAUUUACAAGGCAAAUGAUUUGAGAGUUAUUCAUUACCCCUUAAAAAUAGGAGAAUAAACUUUUAAUUUGUUUGUAUAAUUAAUCAAAUAAGUUAUGCAAGAAGAGAAAUUGGGUGCCAAUUUAAUACUUCUUGCUGAAUAGAUUUGUUAGUAUUAUAGAAGCAGCAUUUGCAAUUUGUGA